AUUAAGUAGUGGACCACUAUAUCUUCUACUCAAACUGGGCCAUGUCUGAACACGACUCAUCUUACACUCACCGAUCAUUUCACUUCUUGACUGUCGCGCUGCAAAAUGGCUGAGAAACGAUAUCCCCGGAUCGUUCUCCAAUAUCAUCCAGAGCACAUUCCCUUGCUUUGGUUUGUGCGCAACGAUGCCGACGAUCGCAAGGAUUUUGAACAUGAACUUAAUGCUAUCGUGGAGAGCUUGACUACGGAUGAUCCUGGGCUGGCGAAGAAGACUAUUCAUGGUGUGCCCUGGAUACGGAAUUAUGAACCUACUGUCGCGGAUGUCAAGUCUAUGGUCCUGAAUCUGGAACCAGAUACCGGCGAUUGGUUCUUGGUCGCAACAAGCGAUUUCCGUGAGACUAAACGUCUCUAUGUUGUUCACCCAGCACAGAACUCUGAUCGCUAUGGGUGUGUGAGUGCUGCAUUUGACGCUGCAGUUGCCGUGCUUCUGAAAAAAGAGCCCUGGAAAUCUACCUUGGACCAAUUGUUUUCCUCUUACUCGUAUUCCGUAGUCGAUGUUGGCAGUAGACCUUCUUUGACUCACGAUACCCCUGACGUUGUUGGACCUCUGCCUGCACAUAUCCCAUCUGACAUUCGACUCGACGAGAAGGUCAUCACACUUUUCUCCCUAGUCAAGCUCACUGACGACGAAAUUGUCAAACUCAGAGCACUCAUGAACGAUGCAAAUCACGAGAUUGUAAUAUACAACUGGCCACACGAUACUCCGGCCUCUCACACCGAAACCUACAACAUCUUCCAACACGUCAAGCCCCCGAUGAUCUCGCCCUGCGGGGAGACGUUUGUGCUCUUCAUCGACACAGAAUUUAUCGAAGGCCCGAAACGCGAGCCCAUAGUCUUCUACAUCAAGCAGCAAAUCUCAAAUGACAAUGACUUCGACCGCAUCUACGACCUUCAGCUCAUCACAGGUUGCUUCCGGGGCGCACAACACGUUAGAGAGACUUGGCAUAUGAUAUGGAAUCCUCCGCCCAAGCGCGGCUCUGUCAACGGCGUUGAGGUCAACUGGGCGUUCGAUAGAGCACCUUACAGAGAAUGGUCACGCGCCGAGGCAUCUUAUCCAUACACGUCCAUCGCCCCACCGUCGGUGCCCAUCUACGGCGGACGAAGCGGAGCAGAGUUCCUCGUCUUCAUCAUCUGCCCCGUCACAGCACUCGAGCUGCGCGCCCUGAAGUCGCUGCUCAGAAUCGAAGGCAGCGCCGGGCAGUUCAUUGAGCUGGCUCUCGAAAACGACAGCAUGGAGUCGCUGCUCGCAUACUUUGACUCUCCGGCAUUCCGCAAAUACUCUAAGCCGCCAAACUACUUUGGUGCCAUCGACAAGCAUGCGCUCAAGAGCCUAAUGACGUGGUGGCCCAGGGUCCGCGACGCACCAUGGGACGAGCGUAUGUCAUUGGGCAGCGACGAGCACGACGGAGAAGACCCCCCGUAUCUGUUGUUCGCUGACGAUAUCAAAUACUGGCAUCGGGUCGAGAAUGGACACCUUAUCGCGCGCGAAACACCUGGCUAUAAUUUCGCGCGGCUGGAUUUGAGCGAUGAAGAUAAUCUCAGAGACGUUGAAGCGAAUCUCUCCACGGCUAACAUGUGGUUUGCAGAGAUGAGCUGGACAUUUUUGGACGGCGACGAUAUUGCGACGGUGUUCUGGCCGGAGUUCAAGGGCUUGAGUCGAGAGGACUUAGAGGCAGGUGGUUGAGACCAUAUCAUAAGUUCUCCUCUCGUUAAUUACACGGGUCACAACUAUCAGCCUGUAUCUGUCAAGAGGGUCUUGUGAAUGCCACGAUGAAACCCUGUGUCAAAGCUUUAC